CGAGGCCUCCCCCAUGUUCAUAUGUUGUUGUUUUUGCAAGAACCGGACAAACUACGGACUGCAGCGGACAUCGAUCGACUAAUUUCAGCAGAAUUACCAGACCCGGAAGAGGACCCAGUUGCAUUCGAGGCGGUAGCCAAUACAUGACUCAUGGGUCGUGUGGUACGUUGAACCCAAAAUGUCCAUGUAUGCAUGAUGGGCGUUGUACAAAGUACUAUCCUAAAGACUUCAACGACGACACAAUCAUUGGAGAAGACGGUUACCCACAAUACAGAAGAAGAAACAAUGGUCGGGUAGCACAAAAGAAUGGCCACACAAUUGAUAAUACCUCCAUUGUGCCAUACAAUGUGGACUUGCUGGUGAAGUAUCAAGCACACAUCAACGUCGAAGUAUGCAACAAAUACACAUGUACCAAAUACCUGUUCAAGUACAUGAACAAGGGUCCAGAUAUGGCACUAGCAACAGUUCAAGAAGUCACAGAUAGUGGAAUGCCAGGAGGACAACAAGCCAAUCCUGAACCCCCAAGAGACGAGAUAAAAUCGUACUUGCAAUGCAGAUAUGUAUCUGCUGCAGAAGCAUGCUGGAGAGUAUUUGGCUUCCCAAUACAAUAUAAAUACCCCCCAGUUCAACGCUUAAGUUGUCACCUAGAGGAAGAACAAAUAGUGAUGUUUGAAGAUCAUGAGCCACUGGAUCAAGUGCUUGAAAGAGUAGGACCAGCAAAGACUCCUCUCACCGGAUGGAUGGAAGCAAAUAGGAAGUACCCAGAAGCAAGAAAACUGACAUACCACGAUUUCCCAACUGAAUGGGUAUGGCAAAGCAAGGAAAGGAAAUGGAAAGGAAGAGAUGAAGGCUUCAAAAUAGGGAGGAUUUACUACGUCCACCCAGCAUCAGGGGAGCUUCACUACUUACGUAUGCUCCUUAAUAUAGUGACAGGAUCAACAAGCUUUGCAGAUAUAAGAACAGUAAAUGGCGUAGAAUUUGCCACAUUCAAGGAAGCUUGCAAUGCUUUAGGGCUUCUAGAAGGAGAUAGUGAAUGGCAUGAAGCUCUAAAGGCUGCGUCAUCUUGGGCUCAUGCCCCACAACUUAGAGAGUUGUUCGCCACAAUCUUAAUCUUCUGUGAAGUAACAAGUCCCAGUGACCUAUGGGAGAAAAAUUGGGAGCUACUAUCAGAUGAUGUCCAAUACCGGCAACGCAAGAGGUUUAAUUCUCCAAACAUUGUGCUAACAACAAACCAAGUGCAAAACUACGCAUUAUAUGAGAUAGAAUUGAUCCUUAACAGAAAUAACAGGAGCCUCACGAACUAUGGAAGUAUGCCAUUCCCGGACAUGUCUUUGGUGCAACAAACAUCAAACAGAUUGAUAUUGGAAGAGCAAAUGUUUGACAUCGCAACUCUAGCAGACGAAGCAUCUAAUCUAGAAGCAGGCCUAAAUCCAGAACAAAGCUCUGUGUACCAUCAGAUACUAGAAGUAAUAGAAAAUAGAAUAGGGGGGGUAUUCUUCAUUUAUGGUAGCGGAGGCACAGGGAAGACAUAUUUGUGGAGCACCCUAAUAUCAAGAAUUAGAUCUCAAGGUCAUAUUGUAAUCGCAGUGGUAUCAUCUGGAAUUGCAGCAUUAUUACUUCACUGUGGAAGGACGGCACAUUCACGCUUCAGCAUCCCAAUACAUUUAAAUGAGAACUCAUGUUGCAGGAUACCGCAAGGCUCAAACUUGGCAUUUCUGAUCCAAAGAGCAAGGCUUAUAAUAUGGGAUGAAGCUCCCAUGGUCCACAGGCAUGCCUUUGAGGCAGUGGACCGCACUCUACGUGAUAUUAUGCAGACAGUAAACCCAAGCGCUUCAGACAGGCCAUUUGGAGGAAAGACGGUUGUAUUAGGAGGCGAUUUUAGACAAAUCUUACCGGCGGUGCCACGAAAAGGAAGAGAAGACAUUGUUGAUGCAUCGGUCAGUAGGUCUCCAACAAUAUGGCCUCAUUGCAUCAUGUUUAAGCUGACUACAAACAUGAGAUUGCGGGGAAGCUCAACCACUGUUGGAUUAGAACAAAUGCAGGCUUUUAGCAAAUGGGUCCUAGAUGUGGGUGAUGGAAAAAUACCUACUACUGCCAAAAACGGGGAAGAUGAGGGCAGUUGGAUUCAAAUACCAACUGACCUACUGGUAAAAGACCAUGAAGAUAACAAGGUAGCCCUUGUGGAAGAAAUAUAUCCAGACCUUCUUCACAACUACAGAGACAUCAAAUACCUUGCUGAAAGGGCGAUUUUAGCACCUAAAAACGAAUAUGUAGAUGAAAUAAACAACUACGUUCUCUCGAUGAUUCCAGGAGUGGAAGGUGUAUAUAAAAGUGCUGAUAGAGUAAGCCCCCUCACAAAUAGAAGCUCAGUCGAUGAAGAUCUAUACCCAACAGAGUUCCUCAACACACUGCAAUUCCCCGGCAUCCCAAAUCAUGAGAUACGACUAAAGGUAGGUUGCCCAAUAAUCCUACUUAGAAACAUCAACCAGGUUGAGGGAUUAUGCAAUGGAACAAGGCUCAUCAUAACACGGUUGGAAGCAAUUGUAAUUGAAGCACAAGUGGUAACCGGGAAGAAUGUAAGACGCAGAGUGUCCAUUCCCUGGGUAGAGAUGACACCGUCUAAUCACGCACUGCCAUUCACUAUGAAGCGCAGACAAUUCCCCGUCAAGGUAUGCUUUGCAAUGACAAUCAACAAAAGCCAAGGUCAAACGUUCAACCGCGUAGGUGCGUAUUAGCCAGAGCCCGUCUUCAGCCAUGGACAACUAUAUGUGGCUGUCUCUAGAGUCACUUCUCGAUCUGGUCUCAGAAUUUGUAUAGGACGCCAUGGAAACGACACGGAAAACUCUACAGAAACAAAGAAUGUAGUGUACAGAGAGAUUUUUGACAAUGUAUAAAAAUAAAAAUAAAGAAGAAAGUCCAUUCUAUCCACAAGUGUAACAAAACCAAACCAAAGGAUGGGAACUUGCAUAAAUAUGUAGUACGCCCUAUUCUUCUAAUACGUGUAAUGUUUCUCUCGCAUCUUUCAAUAAAAUGAAUAAUAUGGUUACAAUUCCACAGCUUUAUUUAUUUCAUAUGUCCUGCAAUUCAUUUAUAAUCUGCUUAUAUGCUUACUUAACAUGUCAAGAAAACAACUCCUAAACUAACAUCUGAUGCAUU